AUGGCAAUGGACCAAGAACAUAGCCCAACCGGCCAUAGUCACUCACCCUCUUCCUCUGCCUCCGGUUCCACCUCAACCGAACCGGUUCGUUCACGAUGGUCACCUAAACCGGAACAAAUACUCAUCCUUGAGUCAAUCUUCAACAGUGGUAUGGUUAACCCUCCCAAAGAAGAGACGGUAAAGAUACGAAAGAUGCUCGAGAAAUUCGGCGCGGUGGGAGAUGCAAAUGUCUUCUAUUGGUUUCAAAACCGGCGGUCAAGAUCCCGCCGGAGGCAGCGGCAACUCCAGGCCGCAGCUGCAGCCACGGUCGCAACCACCAAUACUUGUGACCAGACCAUGAUGGUGAGCAGCAGCUUGCCACAACAUAGUGGGAGUGAUUUGGGGUUUGGAGGUGUUAGCACUUCUUCUAAUUACUUAUUUGCUAGCACUUCUUCUUAUGGCGGUGGAUGUGAUAAUCAUAGCAAUAAUGGCAUGGAGAAUCUCUUAACAAUGUCUGGUCAAAUGGGUUACCAUGAAGCUAAUCAGCAUCAUUAUCAACAUCACAGCUCAACUGUCGCAUCAAUUUUGAGCCCAUCUGAUCAAAGCUCCAAUUAUCACUACCAACAAGGGUCUAUAACAGUAUUUAUAAACGGAGUUCCGACAGAAGUGGCGAGCGGAGGUAUAGACAUGAAAGCAACGUUUGGAGAAGAUUUGGUUUUGGUGCAUUCCUCAGGUUCCAAGACAGACAUGAACUGGCCUUACUCUUAUGUUAUGUGGUGAUGCGACAGAUGCGCCUUGUUAUUCUACCUUAGACUUUAUUGCUACGGUCCAUUUUUUCUUUUCCUUUCGAGUUUAUCGUGUAAUCAAAGUUUAUGUUGUUUUUUACUAUCGUAAUUCCGAAAUUUACUAUUUUAAAAGAUGUGAAAAUCUCUUUUAAAACGAAGAGAAUUAGUUUGUAUCAAGUUAGUGAUAUAGAUGUAAAAUAUGUAAUUGAUUUGUAAUAAAUUUUGUGUCUAGGGAUCUCCAUGUUCGUUUGCA